AUGAGAGUCUGUCCACUGUUGGUGAGUAUUACUGCAAUAAGUGCCUGCUUUGGCGCACAUGCAAUAGACAUAUCCUUGCCGCAUUUGCUGAAAUCGGCUCGCGAAAUCGCAGUUGGUUUAGCGGAUUCAUUCGGACAUCAAUUGACACCUAGUUAUUUAUUCAAUUUUGUUGACAAUCUUGUGAUGGGAUAUCCAAUGGAGUUCGCCUCACGAAUAACAAGCAAAAUAUGUGCUGCAGUACUCACUGAACAUAUCAUCAAACUUGACUCAGCUGACAUUCCCAGCAUGGACGAUAUCUUUAUUCAAUUCCGCACAGCUUGCAAUAUAAAGGAAUGCCGACUGAAGGAUUUCUCAUCCAUAGUGGAUUUCCCUGACUUUGAUGCUAGCAAGAAAGUGGUUAUCGCUUCCUCCGGCUGGCUGACAAAUGCCAACAAGUCUGAUGAUGUGCUUGAUAGUCUGGCGAAAGCUUAUAACUGUCGUGGUGAUACAAAUUUUUUGGGCAUCGAUGUUGGUCGUGACUUAGAGGAGAUGUACACUUGGUCAGCUUUAAAUACAAAAACGAUAGGCGAACAAAUUGCAAAUGCUUUGGUUAAUUUAACCAAAGUUGUACCACUCGAAAACUUCCAUCUGAUGGGCCACAGCUUGGGCGCACAAAUUGUUGGUGAAGCAGCCAGACACUUUAAAAACUUAACCGGUAAACAAAUACCACAUGUUACUGGUUUCGAUCCCGCUGGGCCAUGCUUUAAUUAUGGUGAAACGCUAACCACACUCUCGGCAGGCGAUGCCGGUUAUGUCGACAUUAUUCACACCAAUCCUGGUAUAGCCGGCCAAUCUGGGGCUACGGGGGAUUCGGAUUUCUUUGUUGGAGGUCAUUUUCCCAUACAAAACGGCUGCUUUACUUCAAUUUGUUCGCAUUCGCGUUCUUGGCAGUACUAUGUGGAGUCUGUGUAUCCGGGCAACGAGAACAAUUUUCUUACUAAGCGUUGCGAUUCGCUACUGCAUUUGAAGCAAGGUCGUUGUGUUGGUGAAGAGUAUCCAAUGGGUUAUGCUGUGCCGAAAAAUUUGAAGGGCAUAUAUAUCUUGGAGGUAAAUCCUACUGCAUCAUAUGGCAAAAAUGCUUCAUACAGUUACACAACUCCAAGUGGGGAGUAUUGCAGUUGUGAGAGUACUAGUACUAGUUCCUAUUAG